CUUUUCGUAACGGAUCAUGGCAAUCAUUUCUCGACCAUCGAUUACGAUACGGAUCAGUACAAAGCACCUCGUCCAUGACGUGUGCAACGUCUUCAACCUCCUUGUGAAUCUGAAUCUGCUCCUUGGGGCCAUGCAAGCAGCGCCUUCUUUGACCGAUCGGCACCGCUGCUGCAAUCUCUUUAGCCUCGCAAGGAUUCACUCGCACACUCUUUCGCGCUGCAUCGGAAGUCAUCACCCAUGACUGCCUUGAAGCCUCUGGGCGGCGGCGGCGGCGAAUGCUGCACUGCAGCCUGCAGGCUCGGUUGGAGCCAGCACCAUUUCCCAACUCGACUGGUCGAGACAAAGUAUUCAUCGCGUCUGAACAUCGGAACAUGCUGGUGAUCAAGCCCUUCCACUACGUGUUGGCGUUCCUGGCGGUGCAGGCUGUGAGCGCAGCCAACGACAACUGUACGUCCUGGUCGGAGCGCUACCAAACGAACCUCGAGGGCGUGUGUGUCUGCUCGGAAGCAACGUGCGAUACCAUCUACAAUGGGCAUUUAUAUUUGUCGGGCAACGAAGCUGGCGUAUUCACGACGAGCAAGGCUGGAGAUCGCUUAACCUUCUCGACUGUUGACAUGGAGACUACGGCUAAUGACGCUGCGGACUUCGUUAUUGACACGACAACGACGUACCAGUCGAUUAUCGGCUUUGGCGGCGCUUUCACGGACGCAUCGGCUAUCAACCUGUACCUGCUGGACUCUGGUCUUCAGGACCUUCUCGUGGACGCGUACUUUGCAGACGAUGGACUGCAGUACAACAUUGGCCGUAUCCCCAUUGGAUCUACCGAUUUCUCGGUGACCAUUUAUUCAUACAACGAUGUGGAGGGCGAUUUGGCCAUGGAGAACUUCAGUAUCGAUAUGGACAAGGACAAGAAGAUCCCCUUCAUUCACCGGGCCAUGGAAAAGUCCUCCCGAGGCAUGAAGUUUUAUGGAUCAUCGUGGGCACCGCCAGCAUGGAUGACCACGGAGAACACGACUAUCAACUGCGCUGUCCAAGGUUACCCGGGCGGUGAGUACUGGGAGGCUCUGGCGCUAUACUACUCCAAGUUCGUAACGGCCUAUGAGAAUGAAGGGAUCCCGAUUUGGGCCAUGACGACGCAGAACGAGCCCACGAAGCAGUUCGCGUUCAAGUACUGGCAGAGUCUUCGGUUUAAUGUCACCACGGAGCGUGACUUUAUCAAGCGCGACCUCGGCCCGCGAAUGAAGGCCGACCACCCCGACUUGAAGAUCAUCAUGAUGGAUGACCAGAAGGACUUGCUGCUGGACUGGGAUGCCACGCUACUCGAUGCCGACUCGGCGCAAUACGUGUCGGGUGCUGGUGUUCACUGGUACAAGAACUUGGACUUCCUGGUGGAUACUGCGGGCAACUUCGCUGACCUCGAGACGUUCCACGAGAAGUACCCGGACAUCUUCAUCUUGGCGACGGAAGCGUGCGAGGGCUAUCUGCUGGAUGGUAUCGUUACGGGUGCUGGCCCCACCCUCCAGAAUCCGACGUUCGCGUGGCAACGCGCUCAAAUCUACGCGCGCGAUAUCAUCGGGGAUCUUGCUCACUACGCUUCGGGCUGGACGGACUGGAACCUGGUGCUCAACACCACUGGUGGACCCACAUGGAUCGAUAAUUUGAUCGAUUCGCCUAUUCUGAUCGACGAAGAAGGUGGCGCUGAGUUCUACAAGCAGCCGAUGUUCUAUGCAAUGGGCCACUUCUCCAAGUUCCUGCCGGCUGACUCCGUUCGUGUGUCCCUGACCACCAGCUCGAGUGCUUCAUCGACCCUCACUAAGGUGGAUAGCGUGGCAUUCUUGACUCCUGACGACCAAAUCGUACUCAUUCUUUCCAACCGCGACAGCUCCGCGCACGAUAUCACAUUGAGCCUGUCCAGCCAGAAGCUGAGCACCAGUGUUACGUUGGAAGCUCUUUCGAUCAAGACAAUUGUGGUCGGUGAGGUCGAAGGAAACAGCAGCUCCAGUGCCAACCCAACGACCGAGACGCCGAGCACAACAACAGCUAGCCCCAUUUCGUCCACCUCUGGAUCCUUCACUGGCAGUUCUAACUCUGCAACAGAGACUCCUAGUGCGACAACAUCGACUGCUGCUUCUUCGGCCUCGGAGAGCCCGGAGCCCACUACACCUGAGCACAGUUCGUGCUAAGCAUUGCUGUGACCACGCUACGAAGGGUCAGACGUUUAACGUGGUGCCUUCUUUUUAAACAGGAGAAUAUUCAAAACUGGUUCAUGCCAAUAAUCAACUCUUGAGUCAAGAA